GCCAGUUGUAGCUACGAUUUUAAUAUAUUCGUCAUUGUGUAAACGAUGAUCGGCAGCCGAGUGCCGGCUAAAAUGAUGCCACCGAAUACACCGCGCGACGAUAUUUAAUACAAUAAAAAUGUUUGUGGCGGCGAUACCUAAUGAAAAUUGACUCAGUUUAUCAGUAGAUAUUUACAUUAUUAUCACCUCGUCGUUUACCGACGACGACUUUUGUUUUGUUCCGUCGUCUGCGCUCAUACAGCAAUGAUUUCGAAUUUCGCUCGAUGACAUCCGCAAUAUCUCUACGGUUUACGGUAAAUCAUUCAUCGAUCGCGAACAGUCGUUUUGAACGAAAUUCGAGAGCACCAACAUGACCGACGAGUUUAUCAGAAAAGGAUUGACCACCUCCGUGGCGCAGAUAUGUUCGAACAUUGGUUGGCAUUCCAUGUCGAAUUCGACAUUGCAAAUGAUGACAGAUAUCCUGUACGAGUAUUUCAGAGAUCUAGCUCAGUCAGUCAAAAAAUUCUCCGAGAUUUCUGAUACAAUAGAGCCAGAUAUUGAUGAUGUGAAAAUGGCAUUUCGAGAUAAAGAUGUUGCUGUACCUGAUUUAAUAAGAUAUUUGAAACAAGUUGGGUCAAUAGAGUUUCCUCAUCAAGUACCUAAGUUCCCCAUACCAACAAAAUCAAAUUUAAAUAUCAUGAAACCAGGAAGCAGAGAAAUUGUGACCAGACCGGUUUAUGUUCAUGAACAUCUUCCUACAAUGUAUCCUGAACAAUCUGAUGAAAGACCAAUGCAAAAUGAUAGAAGCCAGACACCACACUCAAGUUCUUCAUUAGGAAUUUUUAAUGAGCCGCUAAGUUUUCAAGAAUCUCAGGCUUCCAAAUAUGAUAGAUCAUCGAAAGACAACCUGGUGGUUCAUAGACGUCUUAGAGAGAUAUCUAGUGUGGUUAUGACAACAUCUGGAUAUCUUUCACCGUCUCGAGAAGGCAAAUUGCCAGAAUCGCGAUUAAUGCCAUUUCCUAAUUUCAAAGUCAAUUCAUCACAUGCAUCAUCUUCUUAUCCAACAGUCCCACCAGAAGUCAAAGGUGAACACAUACAACAACGAAAUAAGAAAUUAUCACAAAAAACAUUGAACAAUUUUAAAGAAAAGGGAAAAAAUAUAGGUGACGGUAAUAAUAGCAAUAAUAUUAAUAAUAAUAAAAAUGAAGACUCUAAAGUAAAAAAACUGGCAAAUGUGAAAGAAACUUCAAAACUUAAAGCAUUGAAAACUGGUGCUAUCCGGGAGUCUAAUCAAGGACCACGACUUAAAAAACCUCCAAAGAUCAAAGAUAAAUCAAAAUUAAGUGUAUUAAAUACUAUAUUUGAUAAGCCUAUUCAAGCAUCAACAUCACAUUCUAAAUACUCAAAAAGCCUUUUGUGUGACAGUGAAAAACUGACAACAGAACCUGAUAAGCAGAAAUUAAAUAUAUUUAAAAAAAUAUCCAAAGUAAAAGAAGAUAAAAAUAACGAUAGUUCAGUACAUCAGAUUUCAAAAUUAAAUAGCUCGAUUAUAUCUAGGCCAAAUUCUACUAUUGUCAGUUCAGAUAUUUUGGUUAAGCCUGAAGUAAAGGUUGAAAUUAUUGAGGAGAAACAAUUUAAGCCAGAUUUCUUCAAACCAACUGUUGAAACAAAAAAAACUGAUAGUGUACAUAAACCAUCUAUAAAAGAAACCAAACCAGAAUUGGAUUCUAAUGUACCUAAGAAACGAAAAAAAAAACAGAAAAUACCUAGUGAUGAUAAUGUCAAAAGCGGAGACCUUAAAACCAAGAACAAUGGAAAUAAAAAGUCAAAAAAUAAACAUGAUUCUGACCUGUUUUCAUCCCCUUUAAAAUUUUCAUUUUUUGGUCAUCUACCAACAGUGCCUGGUCUCCUGCCAGCCGUGCCAAGUAUUUUACCACCAUCUCUUGCUUUAAAUCCAUUGGUUCCAAAAUAUACUGCUCCUAAUAAUGUUAUACCAAUAUUAGAAAAAACAAAUACAGCUGCUUCUAUGAUGUAUUUGCCUUUACCAGGAGAGGAUGAUUUUGAUAAAUCUGAGUUUGACGAACUUUCAUCUACUCUUACUUCUGAAAAAAAAAAAGUUCCUACGGAAAAGAUUAAACCCAAAAAAGAGCAUAAAAAGAUUAAAAAAGAAAAGAUAAAGUCUAAAAAGAAAAAAGACAAAAAAGACAAAACUAAACAAAAAGAACGAAGCGAAAGAAAGAAAGAAAAAUUAUUGAAAAAAUUAAAGAACAAAGAAAAAGUGAACUCCGAAGAAUCUAAACUGGAGCCUACUAUCACUGAGGAAAAAGAACCAGAACCUGUUUUGAAAGAAGAAGACCCAUUGGUCCCAAAAAUAAAGCUGAAGUUACCAGGUUCAAAUGGAUCAAGUUCAUCUCCAUCAGUACAGCGGAAAAUUGUAAUCAAGCCUAUAGUUAAAAAUAAAUCUCCCUCGGAAUGUAUUGACGAAUCACACAAUUUAUCUAAAGAAAAGUCACCAGUAGAACGAGUUAAAUCAUCUACUAUAAAAUCUAAAGCACACUCUAAAGAUAAAUUAUCUACAACUACCUUACCAUCUGUGCCAUUAGUACCAAAAGAAGAAGAAAUUGAAAGUGUUACUGAACCUAUACCUAAACCAUCUAAAUCAAAAAAAACAGCUGUACUUCCUCCUAGUACUGUUAUGGAUUCUGAUAUCCCUGCCACAACUUCCGGAAAUGCUUCUGUAUCUUCUGCUGUUACGAAUUCUGUUGCAUCAAGUAAUAAACAUAAGGUUAAAACUACCAAGAAAUCUAAAAAAAUUACUACUCAACCACACCCAGCUUUUUACUUUGACGAUGCUGGAAAUCAAGUUUGGAUAUGUCCAACUUGUGGAAAACAAGAUGACGGCAGUCCAAUGGUUGGUUGUGAUGGAUGUGAUGCAUGGUACCAUUGGGUUUGUGUGGGAAUUCAGUGUCCACCAGAUUGUGCUGUAUGGUAUUGUCCUACUUGUUUAUUAAAACGAGCUGAACGAGGUGUGACUGCACCAGUUGAAAAGGCUAAAAGAGGAAGACCACUAAAAAAGAAAUCAAUUUCUUGAUGAAUCAACCCUAGAUGUAUACAACUAUACUGAGUGCGCAAAUCGGCGGCGAUCAAAACUCAUCGUAGUUGGCGCAUCUCCUACCAACGCGACUCCCACCGUGAGAACUAAAAUUAAACAAUAAAGUAAUAAUUGUUAAUAGAUAUAAACUGUCAAAUGACAAAAUUCGAUAACAGACCAUAGCGCUUGGUGGUUUAAGACGACGUACUACCAGUCAACUUGGUGGGAGAAAUUAGACCUCAAAACCGCGGAGCGACUUCAUUUGGAUGCCCGGCCGACUUACGCUCUCUCGGCACACUCAGUAUAGAUAGCCGUCUUUAUACUACAGUUGUGACCAAUGUUGAAAUCGGCUGCCAUCUAUAAAGCAGACAAUGUUUACAUUUAUUUUACAUUUAUUUAUAUACAUAUAUAUUUAUCUAUACAUAUAUACUAUGAUAAUAUUAUUAUGUAAAUGGCGGCCGACUUCCAUGACAAGAAGGAGACGGCUAUCUAGUUGUUGUAUAUAUCUAUAGAAUCAACAUAUUUCAUUAUUAAAUAAAUAUUAAACAUACCAUUCUGAUUAGGAUAUUUGUUCUUAAACGAUAAAUGUGCUCUUAAAUUAUUAUGUAGCAAUUUUUAAAUUUGUCAUGUCUUACAAUACUGUUAAUGUAUUGAUCUUAGUGUGUAAUGUGUUCAUAAAAACUUUUUAGCUUACUCAGUAGUUGAAUUUAAAUUAUUUUAAGAUAUGUUGAUUCCGGAAUACCUAACUGAAUAGGUUGUUUUGAAAUCAUAUAAUGAUGUAAAUGUACUUGUUAUUAGUGAACUAUAUAUGUUUUAUUUGUCGUAUUCGUUUAUAUACAUAGAUGAUAGAUAUUAUUAAGAAAA